UGUGUGUAUGCAGGGAACCUCAGUGAUGCCUAACCUGACCUCUGUGCUGUUUGACAAGACUGAAUGGGAAACCCCCGACACCUUCAACCCUGAACACUUCCUGGAUGCCGAGGGGAAGUUUGUGAGGAGGGAUGCAUUUUUACCUUUUUCUGCAGGAAAGCGUGCAUGUCUGGGUGAAGGUCUGGCGAGGAUGGAGCUGUUCCUGUUUUUUGUCAGUUUGCUCCAGACAUUUUGUUUUUCAACGCUGGAUGGAGUUCAGUUGAGUACUGAAGGAAUCAUAGGAGCCACGCGCACGCCGUACCCCUUUAAGAUCUAUGCCACAGCCCGCUGAAUCCUGCAAACUGUGCUCUACUAUAGAGCAAAGCACACAUACAUACAUUUUAACAUAUGCAACACAAAUGCUGCAUCUUUGGCUAGUUUUCCUGUCAACACAAAAACAACACAUUACCAGCAGAGACAGCAUUCAACGGUCCUGUCUACAACAUGUGUCUGAAACACGAGAGCUGAUGGUGACACUUAGAUUAACCCAUUAUCACGAGUGAAAUGUGAUACAUUUACAUCGGUCCAAUAUCCAGAGUUAUGUACCCAGCAUACAGCACUCUCCAAUAUACGCCUAUCAUUACUCACUUUAUAU